AGUAUAGUUAGUAUUGUAGUUAUGAAGUUGUCUUCAGAUCAUUCGUGAUGUCGUAGUGUAUGUGUAUGAGUGUGAGCGAUAUUUAAUAUGGAUGAGAUAGGUGACAAGUUUUGUUAUGUUUAUAGCUCUUCUCUGGAGACAAGAAUACAGAUUAAAAUAGGAACGCUAGAAGGAAAGCAGCAGAAACCAGAUUAUGGCAAGCUUCUUUCUAAUCCCAUGCUCAAAUUUUCUGGGCUAUACCAGGAUGAGUUUGCAGAUUUGAUGGUGGUCUGUCAAGUGUUCUCUGAUGGCCGGCCUCUGGCCCUUCCAGUUUCCACUUCUUAUAAGGCUUUCACUACAAGAUGGAAUUGGAAUGAAUGGGUGACACUGCCUGUGAUGUUCAGUGACCUACCCCGCAAUGCUCAGUUGGCACUGACUAUUUGUGAUGCAGUAGGUCCUUCUAAAGUCCAACCUGUUGGAGGAACCACUAUUUCCUUAUUUGGCAAGCAUGGUGUGUUUAGACAGGGAAUGUUGGAUCUCCGAGUGUGGCCCAAGCAAGAAGCUGAUGGCAGUUUUCCUAGUAGUACUCCUGGCAAAGCAAGGGAUCAUGGCAGGGAACAAAUGCAGAGGCUUGCUAAGUUAUCAAAGAAACAUCGUAAUGGCCACAUAGCCAAAGUGGAUUGGUUGGACCGUUUGACAUUCCGUGAGAUUGAGAUGAUCAAUGAAAAAGAGAAACGAAAUUCAGACUACAUGUACCUGAUGAUAGAAUUUACAUCAAUUGAGUUGGAAGGGAUACCACAUUCUAUAGUAUUCUAUGAACAGGAUGGUAUUGAAGCGUAUCAGUUUCGACGUCAAGCUGAUCUCGUUAGAGUUCCCGAUCAUGAAAUACUACAGGAGAAUCUUGUUGAGAGUAAACAUCACAAACUUGCAAGAAGUCUUCGAAGUGGUGUCUCUGACAAAGAUGCUAAGCCUAAUGCAAGUGUCCGUGAUAUCCUCAAUACCAUUGUGGCAUAUCCUCCAACGAAACAGCUGGCCACUGAAGAGCAAGAUUUAGUUUGGAAGUUUCGUUUUUAUCUCAGUAAUCAAAAGAAGGCUCUAACCAAGUUCCUAAAAUGUGUAAACUGGAAACUAAGUGGAGAAGUUCGGCAGGCAUUGGAUAUGCUGCAGCAGUGGACACCAAUGGAUGUAGAGGAUGCCUUAGAACUGCUGAGCUCCAACUUCACGCAUCCGGCCGUACGGAGAUACGCUGUCACACGACUCAAACAAGCCCCUGAUGAGGAUCUGCUGUUGUAUCUUCUCCAACUUGUUCAAGCUCUCAAAUACGAGAAUUUUAAUGAAAUCAAGGAGGGCUACAGUCGACUGUUUCCUGGACGAGAUGCAUCCGUGUCAUCACAAGAAGAUAACCAAAGUGAACGAACAACAGUCAGGGAAACAAGAGAUCCUGUUGAAACUACAAUGAAGAAAUCUUUUAGUUUCACCCCUGUGGAUCAAGCUGUAGGAGCCGAUGAUGCAUCUCCUCCAGUUGCCAGAUCUAACUCCCUGCUUGAGAGUUUAGUGCAGAAUAGUGUUCCUGCAGAGCAGACAGAUUCGAAAGUGGAGACUGGUCAAGGAGGCCAGUGGGGACCAGAGAGGGAAGAAACUAGUCAAGAUCUUGCUACUUUCCUAAUAUGGAGGGCCUGUCAGAACUCAACUCUAGCCAACUACUUUUAUUGGUACCUUUUGAUAGAAUGUGAAGACCAAGAGUUGGCAGUGAAACAAGACAGCAAAGUGCGAGAUAUGUACCUUACCGUCAUGAAGACAUUCUCCCAGAUAUUAUUAAAAGGGAAUUCAGAGUGGCAGAGACGACGAAACUUUCUGUCUAGGCAGCAGACAUUUAUAGACAAACUUGUGCGACUUGUGAAAACAGUUGCUCGAGAAAGUGGUAACAGGAAAAAGAAGACUGAACAACUACAGGCCCUACUUGCUGAUUCAGAAGCUUUCAAGAUUAAUUUUGCUUCAUUUGAACCUCUGCCAUUUCCACUUGAUCCUGAUGUUCAUAUAACAGGAAUAAUUCCAGAAAAAGCAACACUCUUCAAGUCAGCUCUGAUGCCAUCAAAACUAACAUUCCUCACCACAGAAGGUACAGAAUAUGUAGCCAUUUUCAAGUAUGGAGAUGAUUUGAGACAAGAUCAGCUCAUUCUUCAGAUGAUCACUUUAAUGGACAAGCUUUUGCAGAAAGAAAAGCUGGAUCUCAAACUUACACCUUACAGAGUCCUAGCUACGAGCACACGACAUGGUUUUCUUCAGUAUGUUGAAUCAACACCAGUAGCAGAAGUUCUUGGAACUGAGGGUAGCAUACAGAACUUCUUCAGAAAACAUCACCCAUCUGAGACUGGGCCAUUUGGCAUUGCACCAGAUGUUAUGGAUACCUACACUAGCAGUUGUGCUGGGUACUGUGUUAUCACAUACUUACUGGGAGUUGGUGACCGACAUUUAGACAACUUGCUUCUCACAACAUCUGGGAAACUGUUCCAUAUUGAUUUUGGUUAUAUACUGGGCCGAGACCCCAAACCUCUACCACCGCCCAUGAAACUGAGCAAAGAGAUGGUGGAAGCAAUGGGUGGAAUAAACUCGGAAUAUUACUACAAGUUUCGCAAGCAGUGCUACACAGCCUUCCUUCAUUUGCGCAGAAAUUCAAAUCUGGUGUUAAACUUGUUCUCCCUUAUGGUGGAUGCAAGUGUGCCUGACAUUGCAUUGGAACCUGACAAAGCUGUAAAGAAGGUUCAAGAUAAACUAAGACUAGAUUUGGAGGAGGAAGAAGCAGUCAGCUACCUGCAUACAAUAUUGGAUGUAUCUGUAACGGCUGUGAUGGCUGUUCUUGUUGAGCAAUUGCAUAAGUUUGCACAGUAUUGGAGGAAAUAACUGCACCACUUCCUGUUUGGGGACCUUCUGGUUAUCCAUCACGAACUUGUAAUGAUGAAAUACCCUCUUCCAGCAUUGAAACAAAACUUAACCAAGACUUAAUACUGUAGUGAAAUAUGACGAUAACACUUUUCAAUGAGCAGCAUGUUUUUCUUUUAUAGCAGAUGUAAAAUUGAAUGUGUUUAUGAAGAAAGUCUGUGAUUUCUGUGAAUGAUUUUAAUAAUAUAAUAAUAUUUAUAAAGAGGUA